UACUCUCCUCUGAGCGCUAUCGUCUUCAUUCCCGCUCUAAUGCUCAAAACCCUAACCCUAUCGCUACAGCUGGACUGUAGUUAGCUGUUAACGACGGGAUCGCGGCGUACGAAGCUCUUCUUAACUCCCCAAACCAUUGAGCAAGGUGCUAAUAAUGGGGACAAACCCUAGACCUCGAGCCGUGUUCAUGGCUUUCGGCACUAAGGGCGACGUUUAUCCCCUUGCGGCUAUUGCUUCUGCGCUUGCAAGCGACCAGGAACACUACCAUGUGGUGUUCAUCACCCAUGCAGAGCAUCAGGAUAUAAUAUAUCAUCUGGAAGCAAAAAAUGUUUCCUUUUUAUCAGUUACAACUCCUUCAGUACUUUCUGCCCGCCAAUUUGAUAAGCUAGGUGAUUCUGAGCUGAUGUCCUUUGCGAUGUACAAGACGAAGAUUAAGACACAGCAUAAAAAUGAAUGUUUAAUAAAUGUAGCAAAAGUUUUUGGAGAUGAUCCUUGCUUAAAUGGCGAUUUCAUUGCGAUAAAUUUUUUCGCCUUGGAAGGCUGGAAUAUUGCUGAGUUAUAUCAAAUAGAUUGUGUGGUUGCUGCUCCUUAUGUUGUUCCCUAUAGUGCUCCUUCUUCUUUUGAACGCUGUUUCAAAAAGGAGCUCCCUUUUUUAUACAAAUAUUUGCACGAAGGUUCUGCUAAUGAGGUCUGCUGGAAUGAUGUUGAACACUGGAUGUGGCCACUCUUCACGGAAGAAUGGGGGACUUGGAGAAGUGAUUGUUUACAUUUAAGCCCUCUUCCUUUUAUGGAUCCUGUAACCAAUUUACCAAUUUGGCACAAGCGAGUAAAAUCACCAUUGCUACUGUAUGGGUUCAGUAAAGAGAUUGUUGAAUGCCCAGGGUACUGGCCAUCAAAUGCUCAUGUGUGUGGAUUUUGGUUUCUUCCUCCGGAAUGGCAUUUUUCCUGCAAUAAAUGCAGGGAAAUAUUGGCCUCCACUUUUCCUAGAUUCUCAAUCAAGAAAAAUUCGCUAUGCGCAAAUCAUACUGGUUUGCAAAGUUUUCUUAUGGAUGAAUCUAGUUCAUGCUUACCCAUUUUUAUUGGACUAAGUUCUAUUGGAAGCAUGGGUUUCAUUAGGAAUCCUGAGGCAUUUCUUUCAGUUCUUGAAGUAGUUAUAAAGACCACGUUUUACCGAUUCGUCCUUUUCUCUGCCGGAUAUGAGCCUUUAGAUGCUGCCAUAAAUUUGUUUAUUGGCACCUCAUCAGGUUCGGAUAAUCCAUCUAAUCUAAAUUAUGGGCAAGAUUGUAGAUUUCUCUUUGGUGGUAGGCUCCUUUGUUUUUCUGGUACCGUUCCAUACAUGUGGCUGUUCCCAAGGUGUGCAGCUGUAAUUCAUCACGGGGGCAGUGGAGCAUCUGCUGCAGCACUUCAUGCUGGUGUUUCCCAGAUCCUCUGCCCUUUCAUUCUAGAUCAGUUUUAUUGGGCUGAGAGACUCUGCUGGUUGGGAGUUUCACCAGCGCCGUUAGAGAGGCUUCAUCUUCUUCCAGAAAACAGUGAUGCUGAAAGCAUAAAAAAAGCUGCAGAUAUGUUAAUUAAAGCUAUAAACUUGGCCUUAUCUCCUACAAUGAAGGAGCAAGCACUGAAGAUUGCAGAAAUUUUAUCGGCUGAGGAUGGUGUUGCAGAGGCUCUCAAGAUUCUGAAGGAACAGGUGAUAAAUCAUGCUGGAGAUGGAUUGGACUAAUUAAUCUGCCUCAAUCGAAAGUGUGGGGUGGCUGAGAUUAAUUGAAGUCUGACAAAGCAAUGACCAACUCAAUGCGACUGAUGGAGAUGUAUUAUGUAAGAGAUGUCGAUGCCUAUAUUUAAUUUUAUGUUAUGAGCCCUACAAUUGAUGCCACAUGGAGAAUAAAUAAUGGUGUUAUAUAAAUAUAAUUUAAACUCUUAAUUUCUUAACCAUGAAAAUGUAUGUUGUAUUUUUUUCUU